GACAGAAGGACGGGUUAGCCUUACACGAGUAUUUUCACACGAAAACAAAAUAAUCUGUAAUCUGUACGUUUUUAAUCGCCGCGUCAGCCCCGAUGUUUGAUGUAGAUUAAUAGUAGAAACGUUGAUUAUUGUUUAAGAAAGUAUCUCUGUAUUAUAUAUCUGCAACCAUCUUUUUUGUCACAUCAUGACUUCUGAGACGGCAGGUAUUGAUGAAAAAGUCUUGCAGUAUGAGACAUUUAUCAGUGAAGUGUUGAGACAAGACUUACAGAAAGUGUUGGAGCAAAGAGAUGCGGUAUAUGAGAAAAUAGCACAAUACCUUCAGCUGAAGAAUACAAUACAAAGCAUUCAGGAAACUGACAGCAAAGAACUCAAAACUGAUGUUGACCUUGGCUGCAAUUUCUAUGUGCAGGCUCAUGUACCUGAUGCAUCAAAAAUAUAUGUGGCAGUUGGUUAUGGAUUCUUUGUCGAAUUCACCCAUGCAGAGGCUUUGAAGUUCAUAGAAAAGAAGACGAAUCAGCUAACCGAGUAUACCGAGGUUCUUACCAAAGAUGCAGCAAAGAUAAAGGCCAACAUCCGCAUGGUUCUGGAGGGAUUGAGGGAACUGCAAGGUCUUAAGGAUCUUCCAGAGACCAGAAGGAGGGAGGUGUUGUAGUACAUUAAUCAGCACACACAGUGUAUUAUUUUUGCACAUAUGACUGUAAUGUUUGUUUCAAACAAUGUGAACAUUAUGGCAAUCAGUUCAGAGGAACGUUGCCUUUUAACAGGUUAUACUGUUGUUUUGAAAAUUUUGCUGAAUAAAUUGUAACAUUUUCAGUACAA